UAAAAAAAGGAAAAGUGAUUUCACUUUUUAGUAGACCUGAGGUCUCCGGAGGAGGAGGAGCUCAGUCACACGUUUCUCUCAUUUCUACGUUUUCUUUUCUUUUAUAUCCAUGUUUGUGUUGGUGUCCCGGCCCGUUGAAGGAAUAUGUUUGUAAACGAAGUGUAGAAAGAGUUUUAGUCUGUUCCCGUUUGAGGAGCAGGGCGGGAACGCCGCCGAGCGCUCCGUUACACGAUGAGGACGUCUGGGCCGGCGGAGCCGCUCCGGCGUCGACAGAGACCGGCCCAGCACAGAGGAAACCAGGCGCCAAACUAUUCCAUCGCACUCGAAUGAGCAAACAGUUUAUUUGUGGAAGUCGACGGCGUGUCCUGUGAACUCGUCCUGAACCUCAGGAAUGGGGACAGACGAGCUGCCAACCGGAAUCCAAAAGUAUUUUCCACUGUGUGUGUGUGUGUGCUCCACGCCGAUGGAAGCCACUAGAAGCCUCCGCCAUGCGCUCGGCGUUCUCUCUCCCGGAGGCGGGCGAGGUGUCACUGAUGGCGUGGAUUAUGCAAUCAAGUGCUUCAUAAAUCCUGGAGGCUUCAGUUUCUCACCGAAACGUCUGAGCUUCUUCAGGUCCCAAGGUGUGUGUGUGGUGUUUCUGUCGCCCAUGAGCCACAAUUCUUGCAAAGAUACUCAAACUUUUGUAAAUGCUCAUGAAGUAUUGAGAAGAAAAGCCACAGGUAAUAUGUCCGUGCUCCAUGUUCACUGUGGAAGUGUAAUCCUUAGUCUCUGACCUCUGGUUACAUUUAUGGCCAUGACCCCGGGCCGUCUGACCGGCCUGGCUCACCUUGGAGGUGUCGGUAACAUCCCUGCAGUCUGACGGAGGAGCAGCAGCUCGACCUCCAACAGGUGUCCGGUGACCCCCUCGGUCAGGGAGUGGCGCUGCAGCGCAAACAUGACGAUAAAUAUCACGCAACGUUGUAAAUGGAGUCUUACUCUCCAUCUGACCCCCUCUGUGUUCAGCUGUAACGCACUGAUCCACAAACACAGGUAAAGCACUAAUGCCUCCACAGUGUUGCUUUGUUUGAGUUUUUACAGGUGAAAAGCGUCACAAUAAUAGAUUUGAUAAACCUUACUCUCAAAGAUGACAGUCGCCGUGUAAAAGGUGUUAUUCACAUCGAGUCGUGUACCUGAAGAACUCUUCAGGGACGUUGGUCUGGUCACCACGGUGACAUCAUCACAACGGCCCUGAGGGCGCCACGGCAACGCUUUCUGUGACGGCCAUGAGGUGACCUCAUCCAGACACAGAAAUACCUCCUGAUCCUCUUCAGGUCUUCAUCGUUACUCUCAGCGUCCUGAUGCUGCCGUUCUCUUUCUGCUUGUUCCACUUCUCGUAAAACCACCUUUUUUCAUUUCCGGUGCGAGCGGCCAAUCGGCCGUCUCCGUCCAGUCUCCCGGCGGCGGAGCUGUGUUUCUCCCGAUGGGUCUCGGUGUGCGUCUGAAGCUCUGUCCCUCGAGCUGCGGACCGCCGAGGAUUCUGGGUAGACGCAUCCGUCUCGCACCCGACUUUCCCCAUUCCACACGAUCCUCACGCCAGGAGAACGAGUCGAGAGGGCGGCGCCGGGUCAGCCAAACCAGCUCGCCGCCAGUUAUCUGCGCUGAUCAGCCACUGGCAGGCGGAGUCUAAGGAGCGCGUCAUCGCUCUGGUGCUCGCCCACCUGCCGCUGCUCAAACCCGGCAACGCGGAGGCCAAAGGCGAGUACAUGCGGCUGCUGCCGCGCAUCCUGGCCCACACCAUCGAGCACGGGCGCCACCUGGAGGAGUCCCGCCAGCUGCUCUCCUACGCCCUCAUCCACCCCGCCACCUCGCUGGAGGACCGCUCCGCCCUGGCGCUGUGGCUCAACCACCUGGAGGAGAGGGCGGCCGCCCGGGGGGACUCGCUGGAGAGGCCCCCGCCCUCCGGGCCGCACCACCACCAGCACCACCGGUCCACGCCUCCGUCCACGCUCUCCUCCUCGGGCUCCUCCUCCUCCUCCACCGGCACCUCGCUGUCGGGCAACCCCUUCUCCCUGCACCGGCACCAGCGCUACGGCUCCGACGACCGGCUGGACGGCUGGCAGAGCUCCCGGGACUCGGGCCUGGGCGGCGGCUGGCAGCACGGCGGCGAGAACGGGCACCUCCUCCUCUACCCCUCGGCCUCCGUGCCGGCGACCAUCAACGCCGUGGGGACCGGCGCCGGCGGCAGCACCGCCCUGAGCAGCGGGCAGCAGCACAGCCCCCUGAAGCGCUCCGUGUCCCUCACGCCCCCCAUGAGCGGCCCCAGCAGCCAGCCGCCGGGCCCCGUGUGGCUGUCCCAGGAGGACCUGCGGAGCGCCAGAGGCCCCGCCCCCGACCACGCGCCGCUCUCCCCCCAGAGCAGCAUCGCCUCCUCUGGCAGCGGCGGCAGCGAGCACCUGGAGGAGGCCGGCUCGGGAGGAGGCUCGGGUCGAGGCUCGGGUCUCCAUCGCAGCUCCUUCCACGACGACGGCAGCGGCAUGAGGGAUGUUCCCGCCUGGCUGAAGAGUCUCCGCCUCCAUAAGUACGCCGCUCUCUUCUCCACCAUGACCUACGAUGAGAUGAUGUCGCUGACUGAAGAACAGCUAGAGAAGGUCACCAAAGGAGCGCGGCACAAGAUAGUGAUCAGCAUUCUCAAGCUGAAGGAGCGGCAGAACCUGCUGCGCAGCCUGGAGAAGGACGUGUUGGAGGGCAGUAACCUGCGGGCCCCGCUGCAGGAGCUCCACCAGAUCGUCCUGACCCCCAUCAAGGCGUUCCUGGGCGGCGAGGACGCCUCCCCGCAGCGCCCCCUGCUGGGCCUCGAGGGCAAGAGCGCGGCGCCCGGAGCCCACUUGUCCGGGGUGGGCGGCGGGGAGGCGGAGUCGGGCACGAGCGUCAUCGCAGAGGGGGAUCUGCCCGGCCAGUUCACUCGCGUCAUGGGCAAAGUCUGCACACAGCUGCUGGUGAGCCGCGCCGACGAGGACAACAUCAGCUCCUACCUGCAGCUCAUCGACAGGUGCCUGAUCCACGAGUCCUUCACUGAGAUGCAGAAGAAGAGGCUGUUGUCAUGGAAACAACAGGUGCAGAGGCUGUUCCGUUCCAUUCCAAGGAAAACCCUCCUCGACCUCGCAGGGUACCGAUUACAGAGGAGCCGCUUCGGCCAGUCCAACUCCCUCCCCACCGCUGGCUGUGUCGGGGGCGGCGUGUCGGCCCGGAGGAGCCUCCGCCAGUUCCAGAUGCCCUCCAGGAGUCUGCCCGGCGCCCGGCCCCUGCUGGGCAGCGGGGGCCUACUGGGACCCCCGCCGCGCAGCUCCAGCAGCACGCCCACCGGCCCCAAGCAGGGCAGGCAGGGCCUGUGGUUCGCUAACCCCGGGGGGAGCAACAGCAUGCCGAGCCGGAGCCACAGCUCGGUGCAGAGGACCCGCUCGCUGCCGGUCCACGCCACGCCGCAGACCAUGCUCAUGUUCCAGCAGGCCGAUCUCCAGCUCCCGGUGACGGAGCCGGACAUCAACAACCGCCUCGAGUCGCUGUGCCUGAGUAUGACGGAGCACGCCUUGGGAGACGGUGCCGACCGCACGUCCACCAUAUGAACCGAGGACCCGAGUGCGAGCGGUUGGGCGGCGCUGGUUCACGAGGCUCUCUCUCUCUAAGUCACCUCCCCCCCCCCCCCCGCCCCGCUCAACCAAAGGGUCAAACGGGAUCCGAGAAAUCUGAGAGAGCCAACCGUCAGACGGCCGCCGCGAGCGAUCACACCGGCGCCGCCAUCCAGGCCUUCUGGAUCAGGGUCUUCUGGAUGAUGGUCUUCUGGAUCAGGGUCUUCUGGAUCAGGGCCUUCUGGAUCAGGGCCUUCUGGAUCAGGGCCCCCUGGUGGACCCAGAACAGGACCUCAGAUCCCCAAGCUAGACGGGACGAGGACUGAGCUCCCAGCCAGGGUCCUCUGUCCAAGUAUUGGGUGGCAAAAACACACAAAACAACCCACAGAACAACAGAACAGAACAACUGUAUUUGUAUUUAUUGUUUACAGAAUGACUUUCAAAGGGUUCAGACAUGUUGGGAGUUCAGGUCAGAUUCUGAGAAGUCGAGGCCGACCACCAGUAGUUUACAACCAACGUGCUUUUCCUUUAUAGGAGGAGGAGGAGGGGGGUGAGGAGCAGGAGGAGGAAGGAGCAGGAGGAAGUAGAGCAGACGGUAGAGGAAGGCUGAGAGGAAGAGGUUGAGAGACACAGGAAGUAGCAGAAGAAAGGAGCGAGGAGACGCUGAGGGGAAGCGGAUGUUUGAAGCGGGAGACAUCGGAGGCGGGACCUUUGAUGGUGAGGAUGAUGAUGUCAUGGGAGCGUAGCAGGAAGUGUGUUACACACUCUUCAUCUCGUACUGUGGGAACUCUUUGAAGCACAAUACGUUGAAAAUGUUGUUGUUGUUGUUUUUGUACACUUGAUGUGAGAUGAACAUGUGGUUUAGUCUUCUUGUGAAGCGGGGUGACGUGCUCGAGCUGCACCUCAUACUGAACCUCCUCCUCCUCCUCCCCCCCCCCCCCUCCCUGAGGAGGAGGAAACAAACAGUCCAUCCAUGAAGGGGAGUUCCCCCGAGAUGCCUGGUUGGUGCUCAGCGCCCCCUGCUGGUGGACCUGUAACACGGCGGUCUGCCCGCGUGGGAUUUCUUCUUUCUUUUUUUAUUGUGCAUCUCGUGUUUAUUUAGUGUCUUAAUAUUUAUCCUCAGUUUAUCGUGUCUGGAAUACAGACUUUUUUAAAGAUGAGUUCAUACAGAAAUGGUGAGGAAACUCCUCUGACCCGAGAGAUCAUGUAGGGGUGAUUAUUAUCAUCAUUAUUAUUAUUGUUUAAUUUGUUUGUUCUAUAGUAAACUUGUGUUGCAUCCUGCACUUGAGAUAAUAAUGUGAUACACUAAGAUCCCAAAUGUUGGAGGCUCAUCAACGGAUGAACAGGCGGCCAUGUUGGAUCCGACGCUUCUCUGUGAGCUUCAGACACGUUUCAGUUUCAACUCAUUUCUCCACCGCCGGAGCGCCGAUGGGUCCUCAAGAAACCAUCAUGGAGGCGCCUCAAGAGACCAUCAUGGAGGCGCCACAAGAAACCAUCAUGGAGGCGCCUCAAGAAACCACCAUGGAGCGACUCAAGAAACCAUCAUGGAGCGCCUCAAGAAACCAUCAUGGAGGCGCCUCAGGAAACCACCAUGGAGGCGCCUCAGGAAACCAUCAUGGAGGCGCCUCAAGAAACCACCAUGGAGCGACUCAAGAAACCAUCAUGGAGCGACUCAAGAAACCAUCAUGGAGGCGCCUCAAGAAACCAUCAUGGAGCGCCUCAAGAAACCAUCAUGGAGCGACUCAAGAAACCAUCAUGGAGCGACUCAAGAAACCAUCAUGGAGGCACCUCAAGAAACCACCAUGGAGGCGCCUCAAGAAACCAUCAUGGAGCGACUCAAGAAACCAUCAUGGAGCGCCUCAAGAAACCAUCAUGGAGCGACUCAAGAAACCAUCAUGGAGCGCCUCAAGCAACCAUCAUGGAGGCUCCUCAAGAAACCAUCAUGGAGCGCCUCAAGAAACCACCAUGGAGCGACUCAAGAAACCAUCAUGGAGCGCCUCAAGAAACCAUCAUGGAGCGACUCAAGAAACCACCAUGGAGCGACUCAAGAAACCAUCAUGGAGCGACUCAAGAAACCAUCAUGGAGGCGCCUCAAGAAACCAUCAUGGAGCGACUCAAGAAACCAUCAUGGAGCGCCUCAAGAAACCAUCAUGGAGCGACUCAAGAAACCAUCAUGGAGGCGCCUCAAGAAACCACCAUGGAGCGACUCAAGAAACCAUCAUGGAGGCGCCUCAAGAAACCGCCAUGGAGGCGCCUCAAGAAACCACCAUGGAGCGACUCAAGAAACCAUCAAGGAGGCGCCUCAAGAAACCACCAUGGAGCGCCUUAAGAAACCAUCAUGGAGCGCCUCAAGAAACCACCAUGGAGGCGACUCAAGAAACCACCAUGGAGCGACUCAAGAAACCAUCAUGGAGGCGCCUCAAGAAACCGCCAUGGAGCGACUCAAGAAACCAUCAUGGAGCGCCUCAAGAAACCACCAUGGAGCGACUCAAGAAACCAUCAUGGAGCGCCUCAAGAAACCACCAUGGAGGCGACUCAAGAAACCACCAUGGGGAGUGUGUACGGCAACCCAGAGCGGACACACACACUCCAGAGACUUUAAGUUGCAGUGCGUGACGUCACCACUAGAUGGCGCUACAUCUUUCAGAGGGACUAGAACAUGCAGCGUUCAGGUUCCUCUUCUCAGAGGAGGACCAUUCGGAGACAUCGAGGCCUCGCCGCCGCAACGAGACGCCGCCGAUGAACAUCUGUUCGUUUCCAACGGCAACGAGACGAAUCCACCGGAACUUUAUUUAUUCUGCGUUUGGUUUUGAGAAGUGACCCGUGGACUCCUGCAGGCUCUUCUUAUUUAAAGUACCAUAUGUAUUAACAUGUAUUGGCUGGUGACCAUACGUACAUCUCAUAUUAAGUCAGUGUUGACUUUGACACUUCUGUCAUUUUGUUGUUGUUUACCUAUAACCUUGUUUCGUAACUAUCGGCGGUGUCGCGUUACAGAGCUAAACGGAUGAAACUGAUCUGGAGUGUGUUUCACCACCCGAGACGUCCGGAGCUUUGAACGAUCAACCAAUCAGAGAACGGCGUCCUGUUGGUGGAGGAGCGCUGGGCUGCCGGUGCGUUCACUGUCCGCUCCGUUCCUGUCAGUUCCUGGCGCUCGGCAGUAUUAAGUGAUGUAACGUGUUCCCGUACUUGUACUCCACCCGUUCAUCAGAGAGCCCACGUCCUGUAUUGACUGCAGGCUUACGUAUAUAUUUGACAAAAGAAUAUUGUAUGUUUAAUAAUAAAAAAACGCAAAAAAGGA